GACACUCACUAACGGGAACCAGUUCGUUGAUCACCUACACAAUUAGUUCACGUCGAGAAAUAUACGAAAAUAUACUCAUCAGUCAAAAUUAUCAGUCCUAAAUAUCAAGAUAAAACACGUUUAUCGUAUCUAUAUUGCAAAUUGCCAUUGUUCGUAUCGUGUGAAAGUGAUAGCUAUUCAAAAAAAGUAAAAGUGAAACGUGGAUAAUCUGCAUACAGACGGAUUUCAAAAGGUUUUGGCAAUUUAUUCGAGGAAGUGUGGAAACGUGAGUGACUUAAAAGAGUUAAAGAGCGAUUCAUCCAAGAAAAAUCAGAUAUAAUCACGAGCAUAAGCGAUGGGCUCACUGCAGCAACACUCAGUCCUAAAGGGGAAUAACAUAAGUUGGAAAGAUAAAGAUAAUAUUGUACACAGGAUUUUCCAAGAGGUUGCCAAGAAUUGUGGAGAACAAGCAGCCAUAAUUCAUGAAGAUGAAAACGGGGGAAAUUACUCCUUUUCCUACAAAGAGUUGGAGUCAUCAACGAAUAGAUUGGCAAGAACCCUGAGGAAGUUAUCGAAGCCUUCUACGAAGACGGAUUCAAUCAUCGCUGUCUCUAUGAAACCUUCCCAUAAUCUCCCAAUUAUUCUCCUCUCAAUCUUAAAAUCUGGUAUGGCUUACCUACCACUCGAUGUAGAAUUUCCCGCGUCAAGAGUCAAACAUAUUCUGGAGGAAUCGGAACCGCUCAUGGUCAUCAUUGACGGAGAUUGCAAAUCAAUUUACGAAGGAACACAAGUGUCAACUCUUAACGAGUUAUGGGAAGAGUCUGUAAACGAAUCUGACGAGUCGCUCGAUCACAAUGAAGAUCCUGAACAACUUGCCAUAGUCCUUUACACGUCUGGUAGCACCGGAGUGCCGAAAGGGGUCAGGUUACCCCAUGCCACCUUAAUCAAUCGUCUCCAGUGGCAGUGGAGAGAGCUGCCCUUUAGGGAUGAUGAGCAGUUUUGUAUUUUCAAAACGGCUCUAACUUUUGUCGACAGUGCCCCCGAAAUUUGGGGACCUCUUCUUCAAGGUCGAACGAUCAUUGUUGUUCCGAAACAAGUUACCAAGGAUCCAGAGAGAUUUAUCAAUACUCUCGAGAAGCAUAAGAUCCAGAGACUUGUUCUUGUACCUUCUCUUCUUCAGUCAAUGCUCAUGUACCUCGACAUUCGUAAUGAUAUCGAAAUGUUGAAAUCUUUACGACUCUGGAUAUGCUCCGGUGAAACUCUCUCGCAGUCAUUGGCCCAAAAAUUCUUCACAAAAUUUUCAACGUUCAAGCAUACACUUGCAAAUUUCUACGGAAGUACUGAAGUCAUGGGCGAUGUCACGUAUCACCUACUAAAUGAACCGAGUCAAUUAAAAGAUAUCCAAAAAGUGCCCAUUGGACGGCCUUUAGAUAACUGUAUCGUUUAUCUGGUGAAUAAAGACCUUCGUUUGGUGGCACAGGGAGAUGUUGGUGAAUUAGUGGUGGCAGGUAGAAAUUUAGCCGCGGGUUACAUCCGCGGACGAGAUCCCCACAAAUUUGUCAACAACCCUCAUGCCAUUGACCCAGAAUAUUCAAUGAUCUAUCGCACCGGUGACUAUGCAAGAAUCGUGAAAGGAAUGUUUAUCUAUGAAGGACGGACAGACUCGCAGAUCAAGAUCCGAGGACAUCGGGUUGAUCUUGCGGAAGUUGAAAAAUCCGUUGCCGCCGUCCCUACUGUGGAUAAGGCCGUUGUACUGUGUCACAAACCUGGGGAGAUAUCACAGGCGUUAAUUACAUUCGUAACUCUAAAGGCAGGAAGUUGUGCAUCUGGUUUACAAAUUGAAAACUACCUGCAGAGUACAUUACCAUCGUACAUGAUUCCUCAAGUCAUUGUUCUAGAAAAUAUACCGCUACUUUUCAAUGGGAAAACAGACAGACAGACGUUACUGAGAAUGUAUGAAACAUCGAGUUGUAACAGAGAUGCUGACAAAAAAGUAAGCUGUGACUACACAGGAGUUCCCAAAAAACUACUCCCCAAAGCACAAGUUCUUUUCUCCACAGUCGCUUCCGUUCUCGGAAGCAGUGGACGAUACACGGUGGACAUAAGUGGAAAUUUCUACGAACUCGGAGGAAACUCAUUAAAUUCGAUUUACACCGUGACAAAACUUCGUGAACAGGGUUUUGAGGUAGGAAUUACCGAUUUCCUCAAAGCAAAAAACAUGAUGGAAAUAUUGGAAAUGAUGAGCAGUACAUCCGACAGCAAGAAUGUUAGAAAUGAUCCGGACAAAUCUAAAUUUAUCAUAGAGAUGUUGGAUCAUUCCCAUAGAGAAGAUGUCACACAUGUAUUGACUGAAAGUUUCUACUUGAAAGCCGAUCUGGAGAGGUGGCUGGCACCAGAUAUUUUGAGAAGUGAUUACCACGAUCUAAUAGCUGCCCUUUGGGAUCCCCUCGUGGAGAAGGGAUUUAGUUUCGUUGUGAGGGCAUCGGAUGAGAAGAAAACUAUGUUAGGAGUAGCACUGAGCUUUGAUGCAUACGAAGAACCUGAAUGUGUAAUCACCUCGAAACUUGCAAUCGUCUUUGAUUUCCUAGAGUACCUCGAGAGUCCACUUCGAGAAACGAAAUUGCCAGUUGGCAAGGGUAAAAUUCUUCAUUGUUAUAUGAUGGCUACUAAUACUGACCUCAGUCCCGCCGAUAAUGUUAUUAUCAUGAGUGUAAUGGAAAGGGAGCUUCUCGACCUGGCAACUGAAAAAGGAUUACUUGGAAUUUUUACUACCAAUACCAGUCCUCUUACACAGCAACUGGAUGUUGAUGUCUACGGCUACGAAGUCCUCCUCGACUACCAGGUCAACCAAUAUGUUGCACCUGAUGGUACCAAACCAUUCGGUGCAGCACCUGACGAUCAAAGAGCGGUCUGUUGUUGGAAGACAAUCGGCCCAGAUCAUUGAAGGGGCACAAAGAUAUUAUUCCUGUAAAUAGUUUUGUAAAUACUAAUUCAGAUAGUUUUUACAUGCACCGGCAUGUAUUUUUUUAAUAACUCCUGGGUUAUCUCCACUAAUUCCAUUUGAUAUGAGAAUGAGAAUAUACGAAGUAUCAUUCGGUGAGAAUAUCGAGCCCAUUGGAGUUCAUUGGAGCCUUAUAUUCAAGAUCACGUGGUACACUCAUGGUAAUGAAGUAUUCCAUGUUAAAUGAGUCAACGGCUUUUGGAAAUUGAUGUCGAUUUUUUCUACGAUUGGGGGACAAGGAAAACUAUCUCUC